AUGCUUCUCGGCUUGGCACAAGAGGCCAUAGCGGCUCGGGCACGACGGGAAGCAGAGUCCGAGAGCGGAUGGGAUGCCCCUCCCCCUCAGGCGCCAGUACGAAAGACAGCACGGAACUCGCAGAAUUCUCGGUACGAUCGCGAUCUCGGCAACAUCGCGAGCUUCGAUAGAGCUCCUCCCAAGCCUUCCUUCGCUAUGCGAAGCGAAACAUCUGCCCUUCAGGCUCCAGUGAGCAGGAACCUCGACAGCUUCCGCUAUAGGCCGGGUGGAUCUGGCGGCUGGGGUGCUGAAGGCGAGCAGAGCAUUGAGGGAAGAGAGGGAGGUGAGGGGAAUCAGGGAGAUAUCUGGCGGAAGAUCAAAGUUCCAGUGCAAGCGAAAGCUCUUCCUUCCGACCUCGAGAAUAUCCUCUACCCCAAGCCAACAGCUGGACAACAGCUUCCUCCUCCUUCCAGACAGCCCUCGGCGUAUUCCGAGCAGGCACCUGCAAGAGCUCCUCCUCCGCCGCUCUAUUACCCAGGAAGCACUAUCCGACCCAUCGCUUCGCCGGGUGUAGCUGGCCAGCAUCAUCAGGGAUCAUCGACAGCGCAUCACCAGCAAGGAACCCCCUUCCAGCAACCCUCCGUCCCCUACCUCCCAAAUGGUUCCCACAGUCUUUCGCCUUCUCUCUAUCUGCCCGGACCGGAUCACCAACCAUCUCAGCAAUAUCCCGGCGGAGCGAGCAAUCUCAACAGCCACAUGCCUCCGCCGCCGCACCCUCUCGCGCAAGCCGCUUUCGCUCAACGCCGUCAUCCCUACCUUCCUCUCCCCAGCGCACAUCAGGGCCACGCUGCACCGACUCCGGUGCCUAGGACUGCGGACAGCUUCAUGGAGGACUUUCGACAACAAUUCCAUCCUGUCGCCCCUCCAUCCUAUUCUAUCCCGACAUUCGGGGGUCCCUGGCAGUAUCCCGCUCUUGCUCCCUCUCUGCCAGCGCCCCCCCUCUUCGACCCGUUAUCCCCACCGGUACCCAUGUUCGAUCCCCGCUCCGGUCAAUGGGUGCUCGUUCCUCAACCUCUCCCACCCUCUCAUCUGCUCCCAGGCGGGAUCCCAGAGGCCCACACACCGCCCGACCACAGCCUGCGCCAGUCAAAGCGCCCUCACGAGUCCUCCUCCCCAUCUUCGUCAGGCAUACCUUCCUCCCUCACCAAGGCCUUCCAGACGCUAGAGACUCCUACUCGCCCUCGUCGGGCGCCAUCACGCUCCGAUGAUCGGCAGGCAAAGACGGGAAGGGAACUUGUACAGUCCCUGGAGGAUCAGGUGGAGGUGGAAGAUUUCAGUUCGUCUGCGGAUGAGUUGAAUCUAAGAUCGGGGGACGAGGAGCUGAAUGGUAACUAUGAGAUGGCAGAUGAGCUGGGCAGACCCCUCGUCGACGGUGGUCAGCCCGUCCACUCUCCGCCCAGUCGAGCUGCCAGGAGCGUCCAGCCAAAGUCCAUCCUGAGCGCCUCCAAGCGGGACCGUCAGCAUCGCGACGACUCAUAUGAGCUCGAGAAACCUAUCGUCUACGAGAUGGGCGAUGAAGAGCACGGUGAAUCGGAGUCGUACGUCCAGCCGGCGCACCGUGGUGAGCGGAGCAACGGCGGUCACACUCGCCGACGAGAUCAUCAAGAACCGCUUCGCAAGAAGAGGCGGAGUCAGCCCCACCAUCGGUCUCCUCGUCACUCCUCCUUGGACCAGCUCGACCAGCUCUCUACUUAUGAUCCCCCCGCCCGUCAGACCCGUCGGCGUUCCCAUGAUCGGCUUCAAGACUCAAGAAUCGCCAAUGCACGUGCAAGAGAUAGGCGGCGCCCCCAUCAUACCGAUCCUCGUCAAUAUGGGACUCUUCCCCCUUAUCCACCUUCCUCAACCGAGACCGACUUCUCCUCCGGUUCUGAGACCGAACGAGACAGCUUCACCUCCCCAUCCGAUACCUCCGAGUCACCCAGCCCAGCUCCUGAGCGUCAAAUCCGGGUCACGGAGGGCGCUUGGGCAGGAUACGACGUUCCCGAUCAUCUCGUCCAGUACGAGGAUCGCGGCCGGCGGAUCCCCAUCGCUCGUAGACGAUCGCACCGGACGAAAUCGGUCCCUCUCCCAAUCGAACUGCGUCCACGGGACCAGCACGGCAAGUUCUUACCGUACGCUACUACUCGGUCGGAAAGCCCGAAUGAUUCGGGGGGAGAGGAGGAAGAGGGGGAUCAAGAGCCAGGGGAGGAGAUUGAGAAUUUCUCGUCGCCUAGUCAGGAGGAUCGGUGGGGAGGUGGACAGGGGAGACAGGGGCUUUCACCCGUCAUCGAGGAGGAUGAGGAAGAGGAGGAGGCGGUGGCGGUAGAGGCUGGCGCACAGGGGUCAGGCAGAAAGAAGACUGUCAGGUGGAAGGAUCAAGAGGGGCCAGUUCGACGUGGGGCGGAGAACAAGAAGGGGGUUGACAGGGUGCCCGCAAGCUGGAGUCGGGGCGGGACGCAGGUCGUGGACAAGGGGGUGGAGGGUAGCAAAGGCUCUGAGCAGACAGCGCCAGGAGCUACAGGCGGCGGGGCCGAUUCGGAGCAAGCGCGGAGUACCGGCGGCGGGGGCGAAGAGGGGAGAGGCGGGUACUUUGGUGAGGGGUUUUUCGAUACGGUAGGCGGCGGGGAGACGGGUUUCACAGUGUGGAGGGAUUAG